GGCGGGCGCCGGACCCCCAGGCGGAGCGACAGGUCUCGGGCCCCCAGGCGGAGCGGCGGGCGCCGGACCCACAGGCGGAGCGACAGGUCUCGGGCCCCCAGGCGGAGCGGCGGGCGCCAGACCCCCAGGCGGAGCGACAGACACCGGGUCACCAGGCACGACAGUGGGCUCCGAGUCAACUGGCUUGGCUCGACAGCGGGCACCGCGUCAUCUGGCAAGGCAGUGGGCUCCGAGUCAACUGGCAUGACCGCGGGCACUGGGUCAGACAUUGGAUCGUCUGGCUGGACAGCGGGCAUCGGGUCACCAGGCAUCAGGUCAUUUGGCUCGACAGCGGGCACCGCGUCAUUUGGCAAGGCAGUGGGCUCCGAGUCAACUGGUAUGACCGCGGGCACUGGGUCAGACAUUGGAUCGUCUGGCUGGACAGCGGGCACUGGGUCACCAGGCAUCAGGUCACUUGGCUCGCCAGCGGGCACCGCGUCAUCUGGCAAGGCAGUGGGCACCGAGUCA